AUGUUCAACUAUAUCCACGAAUGUAUCUUUGGAAGGCCAGCGAAAAGGCCACGAUCCCCGGAGUCCAUUGCUUCCGCUAUUGUCACCAAGAUCCUCAAUGCCGACACACCCUACUCACUCCACAAAGAAGUGAACGAGGAACUUUCCACCGAAGGUUGGUCUGACGCCAUAGCACAGGCUAUCCUCCGCGGCUUAGAGAAUGCCAUUAAAGUCGGUACGAACAUGGCGCGAGCCGCGUCUGAUGCUGCAGCCCAGAGCAAAAAUGCGGCGGUUAGCUUUGCAGUAGACCAUCCUGUCUACGCUACGCUGAUUGCAAUGGGUAUUAUGGCCUUGUUGACACCGCUGGCUCUUGAGAUGCUUGGGUUUGGAGAGUCGGGUCCAGUUGCGGGCUCAUUCGCAGCUGUAUGGCAAAGAACUUAUGCUGGAUAUGUGCCGAAGAAUGCUUUGUUUGGUUAUUUCCAAAGGUUGGGAAUGAAAUGGCAUUGGGUUUAUUAG